AUAAAACAUGACAUUUGUAGCGGGAAUAUACAGCAAAUCACCCGAUGUACUUAAUCCAUCUUAUUAAAAAACUGAACUAAGUGCCACUAACUCCAUCACCAAUACUUUAACUUAUACACCAGGCACGGAUAUAGAGUCAAAACUUCAGUGGUCGGCGUAGAUAGCUACGUCAUAACAUCCUGUACCUCCAUCCCACUCUUUCUCUGUCUUUAUAUCUUUCUCUCUCGAAAAAAAAAAAAAAAAGAGGGAAAAAGCACCAAAUCAAAAAACGUCUGUCUUCAAAAAAGAAAACACUCGAGCGGUUGUUGAUCUCUGUCAAACAGUCGAACACAGCCAUCCGAAUAACAGAAGAGUUUCUGCUUUCUACCUCUCACCAUAAGAAAGAACAACUAUGGGUAACUUUAUCGGUAAAUGGGAACAAUUUGAUGAGGAUAUUGAAAAUGCUGACGCUUUCUUCAAAGCAGCAGGCAUGAACGAUGAAAGCAAAAUAGAAGAAAUGAAGAAAACUCGUGCAAUAAUGGAAUGUCAAGCUGAUGGUGAUGGUUACAAAUCCAUCUAUACCGAUAUGAACAGUGGGAUGUCAAAAGAGUAUCACUUCAAAGUAGGGGAACCAUUUGAAUCAGAUGAUCUUCAUGGAAUGAAAUUCAAGGCGGUCAUUACAUUAGAAAGCCCAACUAAAGUUAAAGAAUGCUACACUGAAUGGUCACCAUCUGAAAUUACAAUUCUGAGAGAGAUUGAUGGGGACAUUUUAACAGUGACAUUCACAGCUAAGGGUGUAUCAGCCAAAUGUCGAGCUAAAAAGAUAUAAAAUUCUCAGAAAAGCGUGUGAAAAUUCCAAUGGAGAGAACACUAAAGAAAAAAAUCUUUGUCAGUCAUGUUAUGUUCCAAUAUAUUGUCUGAUUUUGUCAAUGAAAUAAAUAUAUACUUUUUAUCUGA